UAAACAUGGCGUCGUCUCCGUUCAUCUUCAUACCAGAACGACACUGGACGGAGGAGAAAGAGAGGGCGCUCAUUGCGUUUUUCUCCAUUUGUUUGUUUUCUCCUAGAGCACAGCUGUCUGUGGAACCACAAAACAGAGGGCUACAAGAACCGACAACUGAGACUGAACACACUAGAACACCUAAGGGUCCUUCUGUCAGCCCACCCCCCUCCUGUUCGAUUCACAAGUACAAAGGAAAAGUACUAUCCUCUUUGUUUUUCUUUAUAGUUGAAGACAUCAAGAACAAGUUCAGAAACCUCCGCACUACCUUCCAGCGUCAGCACAAACUGGUGAAGGAGAGCGAGGCAUGCAGUUCAGCAGACGUGUACGUGCCUCAGUGGAAACACUACCAGCAGCUCAUGUUUCUGCAGGAUCUGCAGGGAUCUUCCUUGGACCAGGAGGAUGGACAGGAUGAGCCCCCACUUUCACCGCCGAUGGUUCAAGAAGAUGACAGCAAACCUGUAGUCCACCCUCAAGGACUGAUCAUCUCCUUCCUCCCCAACCAGCCAACGAUCCCUUCCUCACCCUCCUCCUCGUCCUCCUGCGUCCCCACCGACAUGACGAUGAAAUCUUUCUGGACUGAAGAGAAGGAGCGUGCACUCAUAGCUUUUUACUCGGAACAUAGUUGUCUCUGGAACAGGAAGUCUGAAAAACACAACAACCGUCAGCUCAGAUCAAGGCUGCUGGAGAAUUUGAGGAGCCAGCUGUCUGACAACACAGUGCCUUUCUCAGUUGAAGACAUAAAGGCCAAAUUCAAGAACCUUCGGACAGUUUUUAACCGAGAGUACAAGACGGUGCAGUCUAGCAGAGUGUACGACAACCUCUACAUGUCCAAAUGGAAACACUACCAGCAGAUGCUCUUCCUCUGUGAGGCCUGUGAUGAAGAUGACAACCAGGACUGUGUAGAGAUGCUAGCUCCACUGGAGGAUGAGGAACAUGGAAACACAACGACCUCCUCCAUCCUGAGCAGCAUCUCCUCCAGCUCCACGCACGCCAACAGCAUCAAGUUCAUCAGCUCCUCCGCUCCUUCCAACGAUAAAAUUAACCACAGCACUGCUUACCAAAUCUUCCUCCCUCAGUGUCCAGAUAAUCUGAAAAUAGUGAACCACAAGUCUGCUCCUACACUCCCCCUCUCUCGAACAACGUCACCACCAGACAUUAAACCCUCCAUAGCCCCCUCCACUCUAACUUUCUCUACGUCCAGUUCAGUUCAUACAGACAGCUUACAGACCACUGACUCUCGUAUUCACUGGAACGAAGCCAAAGUUCGGCAGCUCAUUUCCUUUUACUCUGCACACAGCUGCCUAUGGAACCACAAGUCAGAGAGCUACAAAAACAGACUGCUGAGACAAAGCCUGCUGAAGAUGUUGAGCAACAUCCUGUCAGACCACGAGUCUGUCCCUUUUACAGUUGAAGACAUAAAGACAAAGUUCAGAAACUUGCGAACAACCUUCCAGCGGGAACACAAGGCGGUGAACUCCAACCAAACGUGCGGCUCGGAGGACUUUUACGUCCCCAAGUGGAAACACUACAAUGACCUCAUGUUCCUCUGCGACUCCUGCGACGAGGAUGACCGCCCUGAAGAGGUGCACUACAUAAUACCACAGGAGCCCCCUCCUCUCCGCCUGGACAACCAUGCCCCACCCACUGCCCUACAUUACCACACCCCCACCCAAACUGAAGCCAGAAUCAACAUCCCAUCACAGAGCCGGGAAGCCCCGCCCUCGCCUACUCCUCCGGACUCUCAGCGCUCCUCUCCCUCCUCCUCCUCCGCAUGCACCUCCCCCUCCUCACGAACAGAAAGCAGAGUGUCGGGACGCAAGCGAGCAAGCUUCCGGCCCCCAGGGAUCUCCAAAGAGGUUCUGGAUUUUAUGAGAACACUGUGUCAAAGCCAGGUGGCGUCACCGCACGCUGGCUUUCUGAAGUACGUAGAGGAGUGUUUGAACGAGACGCCGCCAGAUAAAGUGAAGAAACUGAAGAAGACGAUAAUCGAGACGAUCCACAGUGCUUCAGAGGAAAGUUAGGAUCUUGGUUUCAGCCUUUUCCCAUUCCACAGCAAAAGUUAGGAUUUUAGUCAUGAGUUGUCAUCUGAUUCUGAUUUAACCUUUUUAAAAAAACCUGAGUGAGAUUUAAGCCUUAUUUAACCUGCCUGCAAGGGAAGGCAACUUAAAGUGCUAUAAUUAGGCAUAAAAAUGGCAAAGAAACAUGUCUAACAUUAGAAACCAAUGAAGAAAAAAAACAUUGAGCAAGCAAACCUAAACAAAAACAGUUUGUUAAAAGAGAAAGCAAAAUAUGAAAUAUGAUACAGAUGACAGCAUCAUAGCCUUAAUGAUCAUUUCAACAGAGCAAUCAUUGGGAUGUUAGCAUUUUGUUGAGGCUCCCAGUAACCAAACAGUAAUAUAUGCUAAAUCUGAUUAAUUUUCUUAAUAUAGUUCAACAUGAUCGUGCCCUACUGUGCUAUGAUUGGCCGGUACACGUCACCUUUAAGUUUGAUAUUAUGACUUUAUUUAACAAUGUUUUCCCACACUGUCUAAGGCCUGGUUCACAGAUAGGACAGAGGGGGUUUUUUUGCCUUUAAUUCACAAGAAACUGGGUGUUAGGUCACUGAAAAUGCUAUUUUGCUAUGCUAUUUUUAAAAAGUGAACAUUUUAGAAAAUCUGUUUACAGUGUUUAUGUGACAUUUCACUCAUUUAAUGCUCUGAUUCCUCAAACACUAAACUAUCUGAAUAGCAUUUCAUACAUUUAGAAGACUUUUAAUAUGAACAUUUGAAAAACACUUCAUUAUACUGUAUGUUACAAGAACCAUUUGUUACUUGCAGACGUGAAGCACCUUUAUGUUAACAUACCUAAGGACAGGCAUACACUGUAUGAUUUCAAUAUUUAUGUCCAUGACAGUCGUGGUGGUUGUUGUCUCAGACCAAAGAUUCAGACGCAACGAGACAUCUGAUGAUGUUGCCUGCAAUUCAGUUUGUCGAACCCUAGACAGCUGGUUUCAGGACGUUGUAAGCAGAAAAAUGUUAAAAGGGAAAUAUAAAUUUUGUUUUAUAAGCCUGUAAACAUCAUCAAUUUAGUCCCAGUGGAAUAUUUAAAAGUUAAAAUCAUGCACGAAUUUUGGGAACAAUUGCAUGUUUUUUACUUUUCAAACAGAACAUGAGCCUGAUGAACACUCCUCUCCCCUAAAUGAGCAGCACACAUGACCAGGAUGUGCAGCGAUGUAAACGCCAUUUGAUAAAUUCAGCGCUGUAGGAGCUAAAAUUGUCCAUGGAAAAUUAAUUAUCCUCAGCAGAUAUUUGAGAUGUAAGAAGCUGAGCUAGCAAAGCAAAUUUGUGCUCUAUAUGUGCUGUGAGAUUUUGCUGCCCCCCAACGAUGGUGAUGAAGAAUUAGUGGUGCCUGAUGUUAUGCAUGAACAAGAGGAUCAAUAUGAUGAAAAUGUAGUAAAAAUGUAAUGUUCAAUACUGUCCGUCUUGUAGAGAGGUCUGGACUGGUCUUAAGACACACCUGAGGCUCAUGAUGUCUGUAAUCAUGCUGUACGAGUGAAAUAAGGACAACUCUGACAGAUGCCAAUAAAUUCUCUUUUUAAAAGUCCUGCAGGUAGAGACUGAAGUUAUGUUGAGGGCGACUGCAAGAGAGUCAGUCAUCACUCACCCAAGACGGUUGAAAGUUUGAUGUCAUGCAGAGUCAGAGUCAGACUACAUGUUCUUUUUUUUUUGGGGACAGUGGUCAUUAUGGUCAACAGAGAACAAGAGGGUUGGGGCUACACAACCCCUGGUGAACAAACAUACUGUAUGAACUGUAUGCAUUGAAUGAUAUGCUUUCCUAAAAAUGCUUAAGGUGGUUACAGAGUGCAUCUGUUGUUCAUCAACAUUUCUUUAUUUUAGGUCUGUUGUGGUAGUUUAUUUUCUCUGUGUCAUAGUUUCAUCUCAAUCACCCAUCUUUCACUUUGGACAUUUGAAAUGCAGUCCUAGAACUCUAAUCAAUCAGUCAUGCAAAAAGUUCAUCUGACUGGUCUGGAGCAGCUGAUCAUGUUCCUCUGAAAACUGGUCCAACUUCUAAUCCCACCAUGACUUGUGUCAGAAUCAUGUUGAAAUCCCUCAGUGCACGCCUGGAUUAAUUUAGCAUAUCAGUCAUAAAGUAUCCUGUCUGUAAGUAAAGUGUUUUACUAAAAGAAAUUUCAAGGGAUCAAGAACAUUUUCUGCACUAGUAUGCUUGGGCGCUGUUAUCUUUAUUUUUGAAUACAUUGAGUGCUUUUAUACAACAUAUUCUGAACAGUGAAAUCCUUCCUCCUUCCGUGGCUGUAAUGUGAUCAGUAUUAAAAUAUUUCUAUUUUUCAAACAGGUUGAACAGAUGUCUUAAACUCACACCACUGUAAUUAACUUUAUGUUGUCAAACAGCUCUGAAAAUGUGGGCUCAGAAGAUUUGUGCUGUACGUAUGAACAGAGCUGUAAAAUGUAAUCAAAUUAACAUUUUAAUAUUCCUUAAUAUUUAAUAAGCUUUUAUGUUAAAUGCACUUAUAAGUACUGUUACUCCUUUUAUAUUUAUGUCCUAAAUUGUUACUUUAAUGCCUUUUUUUUCUGUUUUAAACUCAUUUUGAAAUGCUGCACAGCUGUAAGAUACCUGCAAGUUGUUGAUUGAGUUAAGAACUGAUCAUUAUGCAGCCUUUUAAAUUUUGUUUGUUUCAAUAACAUUUUGAAACAUUAAUAUAUUUUCUGCAUUGUAUCAGCAGCUGUAGUUACCAUUUUUCAGUAUGCUUUGGAGUUGCACGUAUAAAUGCGAUUGUUUUAUUUCCUACUUUGUUCAGCGUUUGCACGUUUAGGUAUGAAUUUAAAGUGCCUUAACAGAAUCACACUUGAUGUUUUUUUCUGUAAAUUUGCCAAAAUUUCUUUUUUCACCCCCUUUUUUUUUUUUACUGAA